AUGCGACGCAAAUUCAAUGGUAUGGAACAUUAUCAUUGGAUUCAAAGCAUUAGCAGUAGUAUUAUGACCACAGAGACCGCGGAAACAAAUGUUGCUUGUAAAAAUCUUUGCAAUGAUGCUAAAGGGGCACAGUCGGCCUUGACGCUUCCCACACCGCCGCCUCUGCAACCUCCGCCGCCCACACCUACAUCUACCAGAGCAAAUUCAACACCAGUUCCUCCUAAUUCUGUUAUUUUCCAAGUAGUCAAUAGAGACAAUUCGUCCUCUUUGACUCACGGAUUCACUCCUCGAGUAGUACCUGAAUUUAAUUCAAGUACUCAUGGUGCAGUUAGAAAUAGUGCAAUAAGGUCGACCUUAAACAGAGAAACUACAAGAUCCACACCAGCGAUAGUAGGACACGUGCGUCAUGCAUCAGCACCGAGUGCUAUGAUGGAAAGAUCCGUCCCAUCUAGAGAUUCUGUAUUUGCGCCAUCACCCCCUUCAAGGAAACCUAUAUCGGAUUUGUUGAAGAUUGCCAAAUACAUGGAUGACCGGGGCAGAAAUGAUCUGGAAGACCAUGAAAAGGAUGCAGCACUGGCGCUACUAGUGCUUAAAGAAUGCAGCAGACAGGUAUUUGAUAUGUCAAAGGGGUGGUCCAAUCUCGAUUCAGUACCAUUGUGUGAUUUUGUGGUCGCACAGAGGAAAUGUCAAACUAUGCUUAAUAGUAUUGAAAAUUUGAAAGAGAUGAAGAUUCAAGCUAGAGAUACCAAUGGUGACGUUCAAAUUUCGAAUGCUGUAGAAAAACCCAGUACUAGGGAAAAAAAUGUAAAAUUCCAUGAGGAAAGUUAUAAAUCGAGAUCAUCAUCGGUAGUAUCCAUCGUUAAUGUCACCACCCCUUUACCAGAAGCACCUUCUGCUCAAAGGGAAAAGGCUAUUGCGCCGCGCAGCUCUAGCAUGUCUUCAGAAAGAACUUUAACAUAUUCACCAUUAUCAUCAGAUAGAUCAACACCAACACCUGUACCAUUAGAGAAAAAUAACAAUAAUAACUAUUCACCGUACCGACCAUCUAGUAGUCCUAAUACGAAAAGCGAUAGCGUUUUCAUCAGCUUGUCUGAUGAUGACCGAAAGCAUAUGGGUAAAAUUGGUAAGACUUCAAAAUCUGGUAAAAAUAGAAAUGCACAUAUGAGAUGUUUACACUGUUCAUCGACGGAAACGCCUGAAUGGAGGAAAGGUCCUAGUGGACCUACGACACUGUGCAACGCUUGUGGACUCUUUUAUAAGAAACUGAUAAAAAAAUUUGGUGAAGAAGUGGCCACAUCCAUAAUGAAAUCGAGACAAACUGAAGAUCCGCAGAAUAGGAAAAUUCCCCGAUUUGCACGUCUCUGA